AUGAGCAACGAAGAAUUAGCCCAUGAUUUCUCUCCAAUGAUUAAAGUAUACAAAGAUGGUCGAGUUGAGAGACUCGCAGGAACAGACAGAGUUCCUCCAUCAACACAGCCAGAAAAUGGCGUCCAAUCAAAGGACGUCGUGAUAUCACAAGAACCAGCUAUAUCUGCAAGAAUUUACAACCCCAAAACCACCACAGACUCACCCCAAACCAAACUCCCUCUUCUCAUUUACUUUCAUGGAGGCGGCUUCUGCAUUGAAAGUCCAUUUUCUCCAGCAUAUCACAGCUACGUCAACACCUUAGUCUCUGAGGCCAAUGUUGUUGCAGUCUCUGUUGACUAUAGGCUUGCUCCAGAGCACCCUCUGCCGGCUGCUUACGAUGAUUCAUGGGUUGCUAUCAAAUGGGUUGCUUCCCAUUUUGAUGGAAACGGCUCUGAAGAAUGGCUAAAUAGAUUUGCAGAUUUACAACGUGUGUUUUUCGCUGGGGACAGCGCUGGUGCUAAUAUAUCACACAACAUGGCUUUGAAAUUGGGGUGUGAGAGAUUGGUUGGUGUUAAGCUGGUUGGGAUUGUUUUGGUGCAUCCUUACUUUUGGGGCACGGAGCCAGUUGGGGCAGAGUUAACUACACCUGCAGCUACAAAAGAGUAUAUGGCUG